AUGGCACAUAGAAAAUCUCUUCCUUCCUCUCUCAUUUUCUCUCUUAUUUCCUCUCUUCCUUUCUCUUAUUUUUUCUCCUUUCAUCCUUUUCUUUUCUCUCUUCCUUUCUUUCCCUUUCUUUCAUCCUUUCUUCUCUUGACUUUUCUCUCUUCCUUUUGUCUCUCUACUUUUCUCUCUUCCUUUCUUCCCUAUUCUUUUCUCUCUUCUUUUCUUCCUUUUCUCUCUCUUUUUCUUUCUAUCCUUUUCUCUCUUCCAUUCUUAUCUUUUCCUUUAUUCUCUCUUCCUUCCUUCCUUCCUUAUUUUUUUCUCUCUUCCUUUCUUCUCUCUAAUUUUCACUGUUCCUUCCUUCCUUAUUUUUUCUCUUUUCCUUUCUUCUCUCUACUUUUCUCUCUUCCUUUCUUCCCUCUUCUUUUCUCUUUUCCUUUCUUCCCUCUUCUUUAUUCACUUCCUUUCUUCCCUCUUCUUUUCUCUCUUCCUUCCUUCCUUCCUUAUUUUUUUCUCUUUUCCCUUCUUCACUCUACUUUUCUUUCUUCCUUUCUUCCCUCUUCUUUUCUCUCUUCCUUUCUUAUUUUCUCCCUUUUCUUUCUAUCCUUUUCUCUCUUCCUUUCUUAUCUUUUCCUUUCUUCUCUCUACUUUUCUCUCUUCCUUUCUUCCCUCUUCUUUUCUCUUUUCAUUUCUUCCCUCUUCUUUAUUCUCUUCCUUUCUUCUCUCUUCUUUUCUCUCUUCCUUCCUUCCUUAUUUUUUCUCUCUUCCUUCCUUCCUUCCUUCCUUCCUUCCUUCCUUCCUUAUUUUUUUCUCUUUUCCUUUCUUCCCUCUUCUUUUCUCUCUUCCUUUCUUAUUUUCUCCCUUUUCUUUCUAUCCUUUUCUCUCUUCCUUUCUUAUCUUUUCCUUUAUGAUCUCUUCCUUCCUUCCUUCCUUCCUUCCUUCCUCCCUUCCUUAUUUUUUCUCUCUUCCGUUCUUCUCUCUAAUUUUCACUCUGCCUAUCUUCCCUCUUCUUUUCUCUUCCAUCCUUUCUUAUUUUUUCUCUCUUCCUUUCUUCCCUUUUCUUUUCUCUCUUCCUUCCUUCCUUCCUUCCUUCUUUUUUCUCUCUUCCUUUCUUCCCUCUUCUUUUCUCUCUUCCUUCCUUCCUUAUUUUUUAGUCUUUUCCGUUCUUCUCUCUACUUUUCUCUCUUCCUUUCUUCCCUCUUCUUUAUUCUCUUCCUUUCUUCCCUCUUCUUUUCUCUCUUCCUUCCUUCCUUAUUUUUUUGUCUCUUCCUUCCUUCCUUCCUUCCUUAUUUUUUUCUUUUUUCCUUUCUUCUCUCUACUUUUCUCACUUUCUUUCUCUCUUUAAACCAUUCCUUCUAUAAUCCUUUCUGGUCUUUCCAAUACUUUUGCUGUGAUUGCCCCUUUUUUCUCUAUAAACUGUUUUUCCAUAAUCCAAAGAUUGUCUCUUGA